AUGGACAAGGAAGGCGGAAAAUGGUCCUUUCGGGCGGACUCUGCCCACCUGCCUGCCUGCCGUGCUGGCUUUGAAGAUGGAGAGAGUGGGCCGGGAGCCAAGGAACGCAGCGACCUCCGGGACCUGGGGACAGCCCUCGGGUACAGCCAGCAGGAACAGGGCACCUCGUCCUACAGCAGCAGCAGCUGGAUUCUGCCGACAACCUGCCGGCGUGGGAAGCAGAUGCUCCUUCAGAGCUCCCGGAAGGCACGCAGCCGGCAGACACGUGGCCCGGACCCUGCAGGCGAGUAUCAACCCAGCCGGCAGCCUGCACAUACCGCCUGCCACACGUACCGCCCUGCCACGCACACCGCCCUGGCAGCCUGCGCCUACCGCCCUGCCACGCAUGCUAAGCUGCCCUCCUGGCUGCUCUUGUCCUUGGUCCAGCGGCCUGGGGUGGAGCUGGCCUGGGCCCCCGUAAUCCGAGGCUGCUUCCUUCUUCCAGGUGUUAACUGUCUUGCCUAUGAUGAAGCCAUCAUGGCUCAGCAGGACCGAAUUCAACAAGAGAUUGCUGUGCAGAACCCCCUGGUCUCGGAGCGGCUGGAGCUCUCGGUCCUGUACAAGGAGUAUGCUGAGGACGACAAUAUCUACCAACAGAAGAUCAAGGACCUCCACAAAAAGUACUCGUACAUCCGAAAGACCAGGCCCGACGGGAACUGCUUCUACCGAGCCUUCGGCUUCUCGCACCUGGAGGCGCUGCUGGAUGACAGCAAGGAGUUGCAGAGGUUCAAGGCUGUGUCUGCCAAGAGCAAAGAAGACCUGGUGUCCCAGGGCUUCACCGAGUUCACAAUUGAGGAUUUCCACAACACGUUCAUGGACCUGAUCGAGCAGGUGGAGAAGCAGACCUCAGUAGCCGACCUGCUGGCUUCCUUCCACGACCAGAGCACCUCGGACUACCUGGUGGUCUACCUGCGGCUGCUCACCUCUGGCUACCUGCAGCGGGAGAGCAAGUUCUUCGAGCACUUCAUUGAGGGUGGGCGGACUGUCAAGGAGUUCUGCCAGCAGGAGGUGGAGCCCAUGUGCAAGGAGAGCGACCACAUCCACAUCAUCGCGCUGGCCCAGGCCCUCAACGUCUCCAUCCAGGUGGAGUACAUGGACCGCGGCGAGGGCGGCACCACCAACCCGCACAUCUUCCCCGAGGGCUCCGAGCCCAAGGUCUACCUUCUCUACCGGCCUGGACACUACGACAUCCUCUACAAAUAGGGCUGGCUCUGCCCGCCGCUGCCCUGCUGCCCUCCCCUCUGCCAGGCACUAGACAUGUACAGAGGUUUUUGUGUGGUUGUAAAUGGUCAUAUUUCACUCCCCCUUCCCUGUCAUACAACCUUCCACGUUUUAUUAAAGGGGAUGCUGGUGGUGAGCCCUGUGUGCGUGUCCCUGCUCUGCUGCUGCCCGCCUGGAUGCUCUGUGUCUGGCUGACCCCUCCCCCAGGUGGGUUCCUCUCGGCCUUUCACCUGUCCGCCCCCCAAGCCUCCCCAGCAGUUUUGAGGGGCUAGGCCUCUUGGGGCCUCCUCCUGUUUAUUGGGAUUCUGCCUCCCUCCCCUCCUUAGCUGGCCCAAGAAGUUCUUUGGGGACUUACCAGGGGCCUAGGACCAUCAAGGCUUCAAGCUGCCCCCUCAUAGGUCCUCCUCCGUCCUGCCAUCUUGGCCAGGGCCCCAGACCCCAGCUGCCUGCUUUCCAUCAGGGGUCUGCAUGUCAGAGCACUGGGUGGAGAGGCCAACACGAUGGUGGGAUCUGGCUCAGUAGGCGGAGGAGCUAGGAUACCUCUAGUGCACCCCAGGUGACCCCACCCUGGUAGGGGCGGGCAGCCUUCACGCCUCUGCUUGGUCAGGUCCCCUGGCAGGACUUGCCAGGCUGCCACUCCCCUGCCCACCCCAGGCCCCCUGCCUGUGCCUGCUUUGCACCCCCUUUGCUUCAGCCACGGUGUCUGCAUUGCUUGCCUUUUUGCCUUGACUUCCUUUCCUCCCCCACCCCAGCACAUGUAGGGGCUGAAUCCCCAGGCUGUGAACUCCUUGGGGGGCAGGCCCUCAAUAAAUGUGAAGUACUGCCCA